CGCGGGGAGCGUCGGGAGCGGGGCGGCCACUCGCGCCUCGGCUUUUCCCCCUCCCCGCCUCCCAGCCGCGACGCUCUGGGGCUCCGCCGCCGACAUGGGCGCCGCCGCGUGGGCACCGCCACACCUGCUGCUGCGGGCGUCUCUCCUGCUUCUGCUGCUGCUGCUGCUGCCGCUGCCGCUGCCGCUCCGGGGGCAGGCGGCGGGUUCCUGGGACCUGGCCGGUUACCUGCUCUACUGUCCCUGCAUGGGGCGCUUUGGGAACCAGGCCGACCACUUCUUGGGCUCCCUGGCCUUUGCAAAGCUGCUGAACCGCACCUUGGCUGUACCUCCCUGGAUUGAGUACCAACAUCACAAGCCUCCUUUCACCAACCUCCAUGUGUCCUAUCAGAAGUACUUCAAGCUGGAACCCCUCCAAGCCUACCACCGUGUUGUUAGCCUGGAGGACUUCAUGGAAAAGCUGGCACCCACCCACUGGCCCCCUGAGAAGCGGGUAGCAUACUGCUUUGAGGUGGCAGCCCAGCGAAGUCCUGAUAAGAAGACAUGUCCCAUGAAGGAAGGAAAUCCCUUUGGGCCAUUCUGGGAUCAGUUUCAUGUGAGUUUCAAUAAGUCGGAGCUGUUCACAGGCAUUUCCUUCAGUGCCUCCUACAAAAAACAAUGGAUCCAGAGAUUUUCUCCAAAGGAACACCCAGUGCUUGCACUGCCAGGAGCCCCAGCCCAGUUCCCCGUCCUGGAGGAACACAGGGCCCUCCAGAAGUACAUGGUGUGGUCAGACGAGAUGGUGAAGACCGGAGAGGCCCAGAUCAGCACCCACCUCAUCAGGCCCUAUGUGGGCAUUCAUCUGCGCAUUGGCUCUGACUGGAAGAACGCCUGUGCCAUGCUGAAGGACGGGACUGCAGGGUCACACUUUAUGGCUUCCCCUCAGUGUGUGGGCUACAGCCGCAGCACAGCGACCCCCCUCACCAUGACCAUGUGCCUCCCCGACCUUAAGGAAAUCCAGCGGGCUGUGAAGCUUUGGGUGGGGGCACUGAAUGCCAGGUCAAUCUACAUCGCCACAGACUCUGAGAGCUAUGUGCCAGAGAUCCAGCAGCUCUUCCGAGAGAAGGUGAAGGUGGUGAGCCUGAAACCUGAGGUGGCCCAGAUCGACCUGUACAUCCUUGGCCAGGCUGACCACUUCAUUGGCAACUGUGUCUCCUCAUUCACUGCCUUUGUGAAGCGGGAGCGGGACCUCCACGGGAAGCAGUCAUCCUUCUUUGGCAUGGACAGACCCUCUCAGCUGCGGGAUGAAUUUUGAUCCCACCUGGAGCCCCCGGCCAGGCGUGACAGCUAAGGGUGCUUCUGGGACUGCAAGCUCCUCUUCUCUCCUGCCAAAAAUGGAGAACAGUACCAGGGACUUCCUAGAAGACAAGCAUUCCAUCCCAGGCAUGGGCUCCACAGCUAGAGCUGCUCUCAGCUGAUGCACUUCAGGGAACACACACUACAAAGCAGCCCACUUCUGGCUGGGGCCUGCCCUGUUCUGUGCAGCCUGCAGUGCUGACUGUCUCUCAAGCAGUUUCUUUAUAAAGAGGAAGAUUUUUUUUUUAAUAGGGUUUCUCAGCUUGGGAGUGGGGGUCAGGGAGGGAGGAAGGAAGGAAGGAGUGAGGUUAAGAUGAUCUCUUAUAGC